AAACGAAUCUCAUACUUUGUUACAAACAUGAUUUAUGUUGUCAUCUUUCCUGCCGUGGCAUUUUUGCUUGCCUUUAUCAUUGGCAUAAUUAUUGUUCAACUAAAAUGGGGGCCAAAAAUUUGCGGUUUAAGACAUCAUGCAUUGCCCGACGAACGAGAAUGGGAAGACGAUAAGGCGUAUGACCAAGGAAUCAGCGACGCUUGAAUCUCAAUGGCCAAUGCAUUUUCAUUUUCAUCUUUCUAUUUCGUGACGAUGAAAACAAACAUCGUCCCACAUCACAUUUUUCUCUCUCCAUCUAUUUCCACCGUGGAAAUUCCACGCAAACACAUACAUUCCAAUACACUUUACCGUCGUCCGUUUUACGUUCAAAUGAAAAGCCAUUAAUUUUGUUUUGUAUUGUAGCACAAUGAACUUUGUCAGUUAAUUAGAGCUUAGAAAUUAAUGAUGAAAACUUUUUUAGACACUUUUUAGCGUACAGUUUUAAACCAGUAUGAAACUCAAUCAUUUGCACUUAACUGACAUUUUUAGAUGUAAUUAAGUCAAAUACAAUUUAAACACUGAAUCAAUUUACAAGCUUAAGAGUCGAAACAAAAAGUUAAUUCCGUCCAAACAAUUUACACAUUUUUUGAUACAAAGUCUAUUUUUUCUUCGGAAAUCAAUGUAUUUUUUAUGGAUACAAAAAAAGAAUAAAUAACAGCAGUAACAAUGUGAAAA